CAAACCAAAAUUGAAAGGUCGAGAUCCAAAUAAACGGUUCCAUGCUACCACCACUCCUCUCUCUUCACCUUUUACAACGCAAUCGCCACCUCCGCCGCUGUUGAUCAGAAGCUGCGAAAAAGUUGAAGAUUCAUAAGAUCUAAGAGUGAAUAUAGCUUUAGAAAAAUAAUGGACCGGCUAACUGUGAAUGCACGCCUCAUGAUUGUCUCUGAUCUUGAUCAUACGAUGGUUGAUCAUCAUGAUCCCGAGAAUCUCUCACUUCUUAGAUUCAAUACCUUGUGGGAAGCAAAUUACCGUAGUAACUCUUUGCUAGUUUUCUCCACCGGGAGGUCACCCACACUAUACAAGGAAUUGAGGAAAGAGAAGCCCAUGCUAACCCCUGAUAUCACAAUAAUGUCUGUGGUAACUGAAAUAACUUACGGUAACUCUAUGGAACCGGAUAACGGUUGGGUUGAAUGUUUAAAUCAGAAAUGGGAUAGGAAUAUAGUUCUUGAAGAGACAAGCAAGAUUUCAGAGCUUACUCUUCAGUCUGAGACAGAGCAACGACCACACAAAGUGAGCUUUUAUGUUCAGAAAGACAAGGCUGAAGAUAUUACAAGAUCUGUUUCGGCUUGCUUAAAAAAACGUGGGUUGGAUGUCAAAAUAAUAUAUAGUGGAGGUAUGGACUUGGACAUUUUGCCUCAAUGUGCUGGAAAAGGGCAAGCACUUGCUUAUUUGCACGAUAAGUUUAAGGCUGAGGGCAAAUUACCUGAAAACACACUUGUUUGUGGCGACUCUGGAAAUGAUGCUGAUCUAUAUACUAUCCCAGAUGUACAUGGUGUCAUGGUCAGUAAUGCCCAGGAAGAAUUGCUGCAGUGGCACGGUAUAUAUGCAAAAAACAAUCCUAAAAUAAUUCAUGCAAAGGAGAGAUGUGCAGCGGGUAUUAUAGAAGCCAUCGGCCACUUCAAUCUAGGUCCAUGUAUAUCUCCUAGAGAUGUUACAGACUUAUCUGAUUCUAAGUUGGAGACCUUCGAUCCUGCUUAUGAAGUUGUGAAGUUUUACUUGUUUUAUGAGCGGUGGAGACUUGCUGAAGUUGAAAAUUCGGAGCUUUAUUUGGCAAAUCUGAAGGCAGUUUGUAGUAAAUCUGGGAUUUUUGUUCAUCCUUCUGGAAUUGAAAAGCAUCUCCAUGAAUGUGUGGAUUCACUAAGAACCUCUUACGGGGACCAAAAAGGCCAGCCAUUUCGUGUUUGGGUAGAUCAGGUUUUACCUGUGCUGGUUGGGUCAGACUCAUGGCUGGUGAAGUUUAAGAAAUGGGAGCAAUCAGGUGGAGAGCGGCUAUGUUGUUUGACCACUGCUUUAUUAAGUUCAAAAGAUGUGACCGUGGCUGAUGGCUUAACUUGGGUGCAUGUCCAUCAAACAUGGUUCAAGGAAGCAGGCCCAGGUGGUGACGCACAGUGGUUGUUCUAGUAAUCUAGUCUCUCUCUCUCUCUCCAAAUAAAUGUAAAAGAUAUGCUACUACUCAGAGCUGUUAAGUUUUUCUAUUGCUGAUGUUCAUGUAUUCAUCAUCCAACCAUGUGAGGAUGGAUUGACACACAAUACCCUAGUUUUCUAUAUACAUGUAUUUGAUAUUGUUGAUAUACAUGCACUAAAUAAUUACUACUUGCAUCUCUUGCUUAUUUCUUCUAUUA